UUGUGUGAUCGUGGACCGCGUGCAGUGUCUAAGGUGAUCAAGGUGCAUCGGGAACCUAUUAAGGGAUAAGAAUGAUACUGCUGGUGUAGGAGCUGGAAUUCGGGAUUUUCAAGAUCGAGGAGCUGUUCCAUAAGGCAUGCUAUGCGCCAGAAGACUGGAAACAGAGGAUCCCGCGGAAGAUGACAGGGUUAAGUAGAUAAAAGGAGCAGCUACUUCCAUCGACCACGAGGGACGAUUCAUCGCGUUUUCCAUGCAGUGCACAAUGCUCUGCCAUCGCGUUCUUGUCGUUCUCUUUGCUGUCAGCGUGCCAAUCGUGACGGGGUUAGAGCCAGACUUCGUUAUUCCGCUGCAGAAUGUAACGAUCCCGCAGGGUCGAGACGCAACCUUCACCUGCGUGGUGAACAACCUCGGUGGAUACCGGGUGAGUCCUUCCUCCUCCGCGAGCAGAGAUCACUCUGGCGGCGCCAAGGCCCGGGUGGCGUGGAUCAAAGCGGACACCAAGGCGAUCCUGGCAAUUCACGAGCACGUGAUCACGAACAACGCGCGUUUAUCAGUAACACACAGUGACUCCAACACGUGGACGUUGAACAUUCGCGCAGUACGUCGAGAAGAUCGAGGCAUUUAUAUGUGUCAGGUCAACACGGAUCCUAUGAAGAGUCAGAGCGCGUUUUUAGAAGUGGUGAUACCACCGGACAUAAUUUCCGAAGAAACAUCGAACGAUUUAAUGGUGCCGGAAGGUGGAUCCGCGAAACUAGUGUGCAAAGCUCGUGGAUAUCCGAAACCGGAGAUCCUUUGGAAACGGGAAGAUGGCGGUGAAAUUAUUUCUCGUGCUGGUCUCUCUGGUGGAAAAACGAAAAUCGCUACAGCCGAGGGAGAAACGCUGACUCUGUCGAAAGUAACCAGAAGCGAGAUGGGUGCCUAUCUGUGCAUCGCAAGUAACGGAGUACCACCGUCAGUCAGCAAACGGAUGAUGCUGCACGUGCACUUUCACCCGAUGGUUCAAGUACCGAACCAGCUAGUCGGUGCACCAACUGGAACCAACGUUACGCUGGUUUGCCUCGUGGAAGCAUCCCCAAAGGCCAUUAAUUAUUGGACACGCGAAUCAGGUGAAAUGAUAAUCAGCAACAGCAAGUAUUCGAUGUCAGAAGUGAAAACAUCAGUAUACAGCGUCCAAAUGCGUUUGGUGAUCAUGAAUCUCCAGAAACAAGAUCUCGGUGGUUACAAGUGCAUCUCAAAGAACUCGAUCGGCGAUGCAGAAGGCAACAUUCGACUUUACGAUAUGGAUCUACCAAAGCACUCGAAGAAAGUGGGAAAUCGUCGAGGGGAAGAGGACACAAACGAAUCGAUAAGUGAUCGAGAUCACAGACUGAAUCACGUGUACCAGGGUUCUUUACGAGAAACGGGUUCAACCUUAGAGCCAUUCUUCGACGAUGACGACGUAUCCUCGUCGACGUCCUCGAACAAAAUUCUACCAAUCGCCUCUUGUAUCCUUCUGAUAACACUUUGCCAGCUGCUUGUUUUCACGUAAAGAAUAUUAACACACGUCGAACGAAUAAUGCGUUCAAUUCGACGACAAUGAUUAUUUUUAUCGCGUCGUUAACUAUCGAACUCUGUGCUGUGUUAGCCAAUCGACUGAGGAAAAACAUCAUUUUCCAUAUUGAUCUUUGUAUCCGUUUCGUCAUUCCAUCGAUGAUACUCUACAUAGACGAAAUUGUUGCUGAACGAAAUUUGGUUGCAGGUUUUUUUGCUGAGUUCGGUCGGUGAGUAACGAUAUCUACAGCCAUAUUAUUUCGUCUAAGGUUUUGCUUUAAUAAUUAUUUUAUUUUCAUGAUUUAUGAUUUUAUAGUGAUUUAA